AUGGGAGGCCACGGCGCUGUAGAGGUCGCGAAGACGGUUAUCGAUGUGGCUGACGUGGCUUGGAAAGCCUUGGAAUUCACCCACCACCACCACCUCCACGAAAACCACCAACAUGAAUCAGCUAAUGACGCAAAAGAUAAUUCAGUAGAUGAAGAAUUGGAGUCUUUAAGAUCGGAGAAUAAGCGCUUGAGGAAUUUGCUUGAGCGGAACUUGAAUCUCCUCCAAAAUUUAUCUGAAUCGCCUUGCCUAUUAAAGGAUUGCCCUCCUAACCUUUACAGCCGUCUAGUAGCCACUGUGGAUUCUGAGAAUUUCUUGACUAAACUUAAUUCCCUUCAGCAGGCGUCAGUUAAUGAAACUAGUAUUCAAUUCCCUUUUAAAGAGGCUACAGGGGAUGAUAUGCAAUUAGUUGAAGUUCUAAUACAUGUUGACAACAAAGAACCUAGUCGGUGGGUUUGGGUAACAGAAGACAUGGUUCCUAGCAUUGUUGAAGAGCGGAGUGGCAUUGAUGAUGAGAAUUAUGUGGUUGUUACUGAGGAACAUGUGGUGGAUGGGGUUGCUAACUUCAUGGCUAAAUGUGUUGUAGCAAACCCAAAGGCACAGAAUUUGACACCAGAGGAGCUGCAGAAAAUUUUGGCAAAAGCUUUGGGUGGUGUGAGCAAAUUGGAAAAGGUGUUCGAUAUCUGGCAUGCUGGGACCAUGUUUUAUACCCUGGGGACCUGGGGGCUUGCUUUGGCAGGGUUGUAUCGUAGUCGAGCUGUAUUGAGGCUUGCCGCAAAUGGCAUUCACACAACCAGCAAAGUUGUCAUAAAGGCCCUCUAA